GCCUGGCUGCCUGGCCACUCGGACACGCAUCCGUAGUGGCAUGCAGAACAGCACAUCGGCGCCACCUUCGUCGUCCGGUGAGCAGCGACCGGCGGCCGGACGGAGGAGUCCUGAGCGAAGAAACAAGUCCCGAAUCUCUGUAGCGAGCCGCAGCAUACUCUUCUCCCCUCCGGCAUUUCAUCAGCCCCCAACACCAGGUGCUGCUGUCGUAGCAGGCGGCGGUAGCAUCGGUAAUGGAAAGGCCACGGAAGAUGGCGGUCAGCAGAGUACGACUACCCCAAUGUCGCUUCCUCGAUGGAAGCGAAAGAAAAAAGUGGACGAAGCUGCACCAUCCCCCGUGCACAAGUCCAAAAAGGUUGUCACGUGUAUUAUUGUCCCUAGAACGACCGCUUUAUCCCCAAUCGUUCGGCCAUGAACAUGGCUGCGUCAUCGUUCAAGAUCACGGCGCAUUUCGAGACCAAAGCCAAGCCAAACAGUCGCGACGCAUCCACUUCCUCCACUCCCACGCCGAAGAAGCAUGCCAGCAGUUCCACCACCAAUACGCCGAUCAAACCCACGUUCCAAGCGUGUCUGGCCGAAUCGUUGCUUGGCACUUCGGAUUUGGAGCACCAUCGCAUUCUCACGUUUAAGGAGAAACCGGUGCCGCCGCAUGACCCGGCGUCGUUCCAAGGCGCGCUGGACGUCAUGUAUCGCCACAAAGCGGCCAAGCGAGGCGUAUGCGACAAGGAGAAACUCGUCCGGCACAUUCCCACGGCCGCGACCAAGGUGCUGGACGCGCCAGAACUCAUGGACGACUACUACCUGAACCUGCUCUCGUGGGGCAACAACAACGUGCUCGCGGUGGCCCUCGGCCCGUCCAUGUACCUGUGGAACGCCGCCACGGGCGAGAUCGACGAGCUCAUGAGUCUGGAAGGCGACGACUACAUCUGCUCCGUCUCGUGGAUCCAAGACGGCCACACACUGGCCAUCGGAACGUCGGACGCGACGAUCCAGCUGUGGGACGCGCACGCCGCGCGGCACCUGCGCACCCUCCGCGGGCACUCACUGCGAGUCGGCUCGCUGUCGUGGAACCAGCACGUGCUCUCCUCCGGGUCCCGGGACACGACUAUCAAGCACCACGACGUGCGCAUCCAGCAGCCGCUUGUAGCCACUUUAAACGGCCACGACCAGGAGGUGUGCGGACUCGCGUGGAGUCCCGACGGCACCAAGCUCGCCUCUGGCGGCAACGACAACAUGCUGUGCAUUUGGAACCACCCGUCCGGCAGCAGCAGCAGCGCCAGACCCGUGCACAAACUCCACCACCACGUCGCAGCCGUCAAGGCGCUGGCGUGGUGCCCGUGGGAGCGGCAUGUGCUGGCGUCCGGCGGCGGCACGGCGGACCGCACGAUCAAACUGUGGAACGUCCAGACUGGGUCGCUGCUGCAGUCAGUGGACACGGGCUCACAAGUGUGUGCGCUGCUGUGGGCGGCGUCCGACAAGGAGCUGCUGUCGUCCCACGGAUACGCGCAGAACGAGUUGUGUCUGUGGGAGUAUCCGAGUAUGGUCAAGAUCAAGGAACUGACGGGGCACACGGCGCGGGUGCUGCACAUGGCGGCGUCCCCAGACAAGAUGACGGUCGUGUCUGGCGCCGCCGACGAGACGCUCCGGUUUUGGAACAUCUUUGCCCCCCCCAAGAAGCCCGCCAAGAAGACGGCGGGGUUCUGGGACGACAAAGCCUCGUCCGGCAAGCAUCCCAAUCGUCUUUCCAGUCACCAUCCAUUUACAGGCAUCCGUUGAUUAAAAAAGUGUAAUUUAUUGUUUGCAGGCUGCGUGAA